UCGUCUUUAUCUAUGAGAACUAUCUCCCAAACUUUAUUUUAAAAUUGAAAAAUAAAAUAUAAAACUAUUAUAAUGUGAAUAUGAAAAAUAUUGUUUUUGUUUUGCAGAGUAGAAUACAAUUGUUUUUUAUAUACCAUUUUUUUCUCAAGGCACAACAGGACAGUAUGAAAAAAUGUGCCCUGUGUACAUCUCUGGAAGUAAGACUCCUAAAUUAAAAAGUUCAAUAUAUUGAAAUUUUCAUAUAAAUAACGAGAAUAAAUAAAACAUUCUUUAUAUUACAUCAAUUUUAAUUAUAGGUUUUUGAUGGAAAAAAUAGCAUUCAUUUAAAAAUUAACUUUUGUUUUAUUUCUAAUUUAGACAAGAAAUAAUAUCAUCUAUUUAUAUGUAAACGCAUCCCUAAUAUUAAUUAAUUUAUGAUAUUUUAAUAAGAAUUUUUUGCUCGACAUGGUGUUCAUUUUAUCUUUAAUAUCUUAUUUUCUAAGACACAAUUGAAUCAAAACCAUCAUAGAAAAAGAAUUUUAAAUUCUUUUCAUUUCGUUAACUCUGAACAGAUACGUAUAAAUAUCUGAAAAUAGAUUGACACUUAAUGUUCUCUUUCUAUUCGUAUAGGCGAAUGCAUUUGAUAUUCAAUGGCGAAAAAAUGUGCGCUUUUUAUUAUAAUUGCGCAAAGACUUAGAUUGUAUGAAUGAAAGAAUGACAGAAUUGAUUUCUGGGCAUUAAUGUAGAUAAUAUUUAAUUCUAAAAUAAAUAUAAAUUGAGUAAUAUAUUCAUUUAUCGAAUGUAAAAUUACAGAGUAAGUUUAUAAAUAAUUCAUGUAAUUCAUAAACAUCUUAUUCUUUCUAGAAAGGAAAAUCAAUUGAUUUAAUUGAACAAUUAUCAAAUGAAAUCUUUUAUUAUCUUCUUUGUCAAGAUAUUUAUAAAGCAUUUUCAAAUCUAAAUAAUCGUUUUAAAAAUCUUCUCUCUAAUUCAUCAUAUCUUCUAUAA